UUUUUGCACAUAGUUUAAAAUACGUCACGAAGAGCAAUUGCAGUUUCCUUUAUUUUAUUUCUAUCCUUUCUUUAUUUUUUUUGUUUGUUAAUGUAAUUUUAUCGUGCUGAUCAUCGACAAAUAAAAUACAACAAAAGACGAUAAAAACGAAUCCAUGCGUAAUGACUAUUUCUUAUUGAACAGGUAACAACCGGAUUAUCUUUCUUGGACACUCCUCGAAUAACCUCUAACGUUGGAACUGAUAUGUUAUUAGAUGAUUUUAUUUUGGGUAGGAGACGUCAAAGGAGAAAUAGGACUACCUUUACUCCACAACAAUUACAAGCUUUGGAAGAACUAUUCGCUAGGACUCACUAUCCCGAUAUCUUUGUUAGAGAAGAACUUGCCUUUCGUAUUAAACUAUCAGAAUCCCGUAUUCAAGUUUGGUUUCAGAACCGUCGAGCUAAAUGGCGUAAAAUGACUCGCUCGAGAUUAACAAGAACUUUGGGUACGUCUCCGUCUCAUUCACCAGAACAAUGGCGUAAUCUUAAUCCGCCUCAAACUCCAGCUUGGAGACACACUUUACCAGUACCUCAACCAAAUUACAUUUAUCCUCAUCUUUCCUGCUUCCAGCCAGCAUUACACUUUCCUUGUCCACCGCCUCUCGAACAACCGAACGACUUAAGGACGAGAAUAGAACAAAGAUCCAAAGCAGCUAAAAAGGAUUGACCAAUAAAAU